AUGAAUUUCAACUAUUUCGCCAAGGACGCACGAAAUGGACAGGAUAUUAACCUCGUCGAUCACCCGAUGUAUUGGGCAGCAGCUGGUAGACUGAAUAAUGACAACAGACGUUUACCUGACCUUAGGUUGUCAGGUCAGAACUGCUAUCUUUACAGUGUAGCACCAUUAGCCCCAGUAAAUGUUACUCAAUUGGCUGAUUGUACGUCUGUAGUGAGUGACGGUUUGGUAAGGUACGAUAUUGACUUACAGAGUAGAAACAUUGACUUAAAGGCUGAAAUUGAACAACUUCGGACAUUGGUUUCAGAGUUGGAAGUCGAAAACAUGGAUCAUAAAAAUGCUAAUCGAGCCAUUUCAUCGAAAGUCUCAGAAGAUUGGAAUGACAACAUUGCACAACCUGAGCCCUUACUCGGAGAGUAUUAG